CUUGACAUGAACAAGACUUGCUGUCGCGUUGCGUUGUGUUGCCGCUUUUGAUUGAAGAAGUUUCAAAUUCUAUUUCAUUCACGUCACAGACUUUUUGCUCACGGUUGUCGAAUAGGCAGCUGAUGCAGCUUUUUCAUAACUAGAUUUUAGGCUGAUGUUAAAUCAUGCCUUCAUAAUUUUACCUGUUUAUUUAUAAAUAUUAUAUUUAUUUUAAUUGCUUGUAAUAAAAAAAUAGUUGUUUAUUAUAUUUCGUAAUUUUUAAAAUAUAAUUUCAAUAUUUUUGUGUCGUGUUGAACAAUCCCAGUACUGUUGGAACUUAGAAAGUGCUACGGGUAGAUUCGAUUAACUGGAUUUUAAGUGAAGUGGCACCAUGGACGAAAGUAACAUAACUCCAAAUACAUCGAAUCAGCAGUUGGUGUUGAAUGGUGACAAUGAAUCUGCUACGGCUCUGCUAGAAAAGCAGGCAAGAAGAAGAGAUAAUUUGAGGGAUGUUACAUUCCUUGAAUACAUGACUGUCGGAAUACUGUGUUUCGUUAAUCUCAUCAAUUACAUGGACAGAUUUACAGUUGCAGGAGUGCUUGGCGAUGUCAAACAAGAAUUCCAAAUCGGAGAUGACAUGGCCGGUCUCCUGCAGACGGUUUUCGUUGUGGCUUACAUGGUGUUUGCACCGAUCUUCGGAUACCUCGGAGACAGGUAUUCGAGGCGCAACAUCAUGGCUUUCGGUGUUGCCCUGUGGAGCCUCACGACAUUCAUGGGAUCUUUCUUACGCAAUUACUCAUGGUUCGCGGUGUUCCGCGGGCUGGUGGGCAUCGGCGAGGCGUCGUAUUCGACCAUCGCCCCCACCAUCAUCAGCGACUUGUUCGUAGGAAAUGUGCGCACCAAGAUGUUAGCGCUUUUCUACUUCGCCAUACCUGUUGGAAGUGGUAUGGGCUACAUCGUGGGGUCGCUGACGGGAGCGGUGGCGGGCGACUGGCGCUGGGGCCUGCGGGUGACCCCAUUCCUGGGGGCCAUAGCCGUUGGGCUCAUCUUGUGGCCCAUGCAGGACCCCGAGCGCGGCCAGGCCGAGGAGAGCCAAAUUAAAGCCACCUCCUACAGGGAAGACUUGCAAUCGCUAAUUAAAAAUCGUUCGUUCAUGAUGUCGACCCUCGCGUUCACCUGCGUGGCGUUCGUGACCGGAGCCCUGGCAUGGUGGGGCCCGCAGUACAUCUACCUCGGCCUCACCCUGCAACCCGAUGUUGAUAUCACUAUCGAGAGGUUGUCGCUCAUGUUCGGCGUGGUGACGAUGGUGGCGGGGCUGCUGGGCGUGCCGCUGGGCGCGUGGCUGGGUACGGCGCUGGUGAAGCGCUGGCCGCGCUCGCACCCCGUCAUCUGCGGCGUGGGCCUGCUGCUCUCCGCGCCCGCGCUCACGCUCGCGCUCCUUCUCUGCGAGGGCUAUUUCUACCUCCCGUUCGUCUUGAUCUUCAUUGGCCAACUGUCUCUGAAUCUAAACUGGGCGAUAGUGGCCGACAUGUCGAUGUAUGUGGUGAUACCACCCCGGCGAUCUACUGCGGAGGCUUUCCAGAUUUUAAUAUCCCACAUGUUCGGUGAUGCUGGAAGUCCAUAUUUGGUUGGAGUGAUAUCUGAAAGCUUGAAACGAUCGCUGUCACCCGACCCGGCUGAAGAACCUUCACAAACCGUGCAGUUUCGCUCCCUACAGUACGCGCUGUUUGUCACCUGCUUCGUCGAGGUCAUAGGGGGAGUAUUCUUCCUCCUCACAUCUCUGUACAUCGUCAGAGAUAAACAAAAAGUGGACAGAGCUAUAGCCGUUACUUCAAAAAUUAUAUAGCGAGUAGAAGCUGACGGACAAAACAGAGAGCCAUCUCACAUAGCAGCCCACGAAACACACACUAUCGAAGAUUAGAUAACGAAAUUGUAUGAGAUGAUUGUAUACACUCACGAAAUGAGAGUCCACAGUUCAAUCAAAUUACAUUUUAGCUACAUAUAUACAUACUGUAGGCUAUUCCAAGCUUUGGGACCUUUAAAGUGUAAUCGUAAUUUGAUUGUGACAUGAUAUAGAAAGACUGAUACUUAAAUGCAUAGGGUACGAAAGGAGAGCGGGUUAUGAAACUUAUUGGUGCGUGGUGAACACUAUUAAACCGUAUGCUUGGAUUAGGAAUUAGGCAUCACAGUACAUACUGUUACAGAUGAAAUUAUGACGUGCCUAAAUAAUUAUUAUAAUGACCGCAAAAGCUGAACAACCCGUAUGAAGUAGAAUAUAAAUGUACAGAUACCGGGCGUAAUUUUUAGUUUAUAGAAAUCCUAGUUUACCUCAAGAAUGGUUCAGUUAUGUUUUAAGGCGUCUUAUUCAAAUGAUUAAUUUCUCUGAGACAGCAAAUAUUUUGAUAUGGAAAAUGUGUGUAACGAUAAUAAAAAUAUUCAGGCAGUUUAACAAAUGCGCGUAUUUUGCAAAUAUAAAGUUCCAAAUGUGUAACCUACAUCUGUAGUAAUUUUACCGUUUUAAAAUUGAUUUGUUAUUUAAAAAUUUUAUUUCUUAUAUCCUCAUAAUUACUAUCAAAAUUUAAUGUGUAAUUUACGUAAAAAUAGUUGAAGUGUGGUAAAUUGACAAUGACUAAUUUAUUGAAAUACCUUGUAAGUUAAACUGUAUUGGAUACAAGACUGAAUUGAUUCAAUGAUUAAAUAAGUCGCUCCCUAAUAGUUAUAUUUGAUUUUUUGUAAAUAUCAUGUAUAGAAUUAUGAAGGAAUUGAAAGGAAAAUAUAAUUUAUUUUAACAA